AGUUUAAAUUGCGCGGCACGUAUACAGCUGAGUUCCGAGCUCAGUCGAUUCAUGCUAUCAAAUCCAAGACAUCCAACUUCGAAACUGUCCUACUCGGCCCUACUCGAAGGCGAAUGGCGAAAUACAGGACAUUCGGAAAACAUGGCGGUUAUCACUUGAGGUCAUGGCGCUACGUCAAUUCUUAGCGAAUUUGUCAACUGUAAAUCAUAAGUUCGAUGUCACCGACUAGAAUAUUGCAAGAGGUUCACUAUUCUUGACAAUGAGGUUCAACAAGCAAGAAUUAACCACUUUGGCGACUCAGCCUUCCCAGAAGUUUGACAAAGAAGGAGUACUCUUUCUUCGAGAAAGGCAAGAGGGAUUUUUUCGGCGAUCUGAGACAGUUUUCGAGUGUUUCCUUUGUAGAAUGUCUGUUCAUGAGCCACCUGUAACUUCCUCCACUUCUCAACAGACCAGUACCUUCAUGUUAAAUAACAUGGUGGUGGCAGAAACCAUCUUGGUUGUUAGCCUGGAGAGAUGGUGUCGGUUGCGAGGCAACUUGCUGUUCUACUUCAAAUCUCGAGAGCAGUGGUCAGAGCCUCUGGGGGUCAUCAUUCUUGAGCAGUGUUCCAUCAAAGUGGACUCGCCUACAACAGAAGGUCCUUAUGGCUUCCACCUUGUUUUUGAAGGAGGACUUAGCCAACAUUUAGCAGCUUAUUCAGAAGGGGAGAGAGAUGCCUGGCUGCAGUCAAUUCAGCUUGCAAGUUACGAUUGCAUGAGGUCACAGCUCUUAGCACUGCAGCAAAGAAUGGAACUUCGUCGAGGUCAAGAUCCUGAUCUUGAUGUUCAUAUGUGGAGGAUACGAAGAGGACAUACUGUAGAUCCCUCUGAAUUGCCUCUAUGUGAAAUAUCUCUAGCCUGUGAUAAUUUGCUCUGUGAUGGCCACGGCCGCCCUCCAAAUCCAGUCUUGGUGGUACAUGUGUAUAUACCCAUGGAUGGUGUAUGGAUAAAGUAUGCAAAAACAGAAGUAGUAGAGAGAAGUAGUAAUCCAGGCUUCUUGAACACCGUCAGCUUUAGGGCUAGUGAUGGCCUAAGCAGUGAAACACGUGUACGGCUUACAGCCUAUGAUGUUCGAGAACAUGUGUCGCAGACAGCCACUCCAAUAGGCUCCUCUAUUGUGACACUUGGUGCUGUACAAGAGACAGAUCGUUUACGAAUUCCUCUACGAUCACCUUCAGGCACUACUGUUGGAUUUCUUUCUUUGACUGUUUGGAAUUUAGAACUUGAGGACAAGGGUGGUAGCACAGAAUCGACACCCUGUAGAAGCGCCCCUGAAAAUGACAUUGGAGCUGUGUUUUCACAUCGUCGUUCUCAGUCUCUUCCUCCUCGAUUGGGCAUAAAAUUGAAACUUCCUCACCAAGGUCAUUUACAUCAACUGUUCGCCAACCCUCAUGUACAGACUUACCGAUUCCAUUCAGGCCUUGGAGGAGACAUUUCUGUUCAUGAAGUUAUGGCAGAGAGCAGACUAUGCUUCCAGUUUCCCCAGCAGCUACUAGCACUAUGGAUUCAAGAAGAGAAGGAGUUACUUCAAGAAGUAGCAGGUAUGGGAGAGCUGAGAGAACCAUGGCACUCCCGUCAAGUAGAACUCUUGGAUAGACACCUUCAAUUACUACAUCUUUAUUCGCAGGCUCAAGAGCACCUGCAGGCCCACAGAGGUAGUUUUUUCAAACCAAGCUCUCGAAAACAUGACCGGACACUGGAAUUCGCUCCUGUUAAUCUUCAUUUACAACGUAUGUGGGUGCAGAAUGAUACAUUAAGGAAAAGUGGCUUUUAUGACAUUAUCACUGUGGGUGCUUUCACUGCUCAUUCGCACAAAUCAAAGAAUGGAGGCCUUAUUAAACUUUUACAACAAUUGAAGGAGUCACCUGGUAAGGACAAUUCAUCUUUGCAAGGUCCUACUAAGAUAUCCAUGGCUCAUGGUGCUAUUCAGGCGAUUAAACAAUUACGCCGUGAAGUGGUGGAUGGUAUGCGAGCCCUUAUGAAAUUAGCCAAAGAAAAACAAACAGCUGGGAUGCUUCCAAUAUGUGAGGAUAUGAUUUCCAAGACACGUAUCCUGUUAAGCUUGUGGGAUCCUGGUUUAGUGGAAGAAGCUUUGUCAUUUGUGGAGGAGCACAAAGUAGCUCAACCUGUUCCAGAGGAAACACUGGAUGGUGCAGAAGAAGGUUUGGGCAGCUUAGAACUGUGGCAGCAACAAACCUUAUCGCCAUAUCGACGAAUCACUCAACAGCUCAACUUUGAUUUGAAAUCUCCAGAUGUGGAUGACUUAGUAACACCAGAUAGUCCACGUUGCACUAGAAAUUUUUGGAAUCUUCCUACAAAUGGGACAGUAUCAAGGUUAAAGGGAACAGACUCAAAUGUAGAUGUUCAGAAAAGCUUGUCCCAGUCAGAAUCUUCGCAGAGAGAUGAUCAGUUUGUUAUAUUCCCUGAUGCAGAUGGUGAGUACAAAGAUGAAGAAAUAGAUUCUACGAAUGAAUUUAAUUCAAAACCUGCUUCUCACAAAACUGGGAAAAAUACAGAUGAAAUAGAGGUAGAUGAACAAACACCAAUUACGAAUGGACUUGAAACAGACCCAGGGCGUAAGUUCUUAGAUACUCAAGCUAUGUGUAGCUCACCAUCUGCUAAUUAUUACAAGCCAACUGAUGAACCUGAGCCAUGGGAUCUUACUCAACUGAACAUUGAAGCAAGUGUUAUGUGCCUUGUGAGCAAAGUGAAAUUUUUAUGUGGACGUUGUGGAAGUCCAGCUGUACGAUUAAGGUCUCAGCGAGGCAUGGGCAGAUCACGAAGUUUCCGCAGUGGCCUUGUAUGCCACCAGGUACCUACUGAAGAAACAAAUAGCCCUGAUGGAGUUGUAACAGUGCAACCUACCAGUUCAGUUUCAUCAAAAAAUAGUUCUCAGGUUGAAGAUAUGAAAAGUAUAGUUACAGAUGCAGAAAAGGAGGGCUUAGUGAAAACAAAUGAAGAUACCAUUGGGUUAAGUGCCACAAUGAGCAGUGAUGAUGUGUUGAAUAAGACUGUAGAUACUGUACAAAAAGCUGUUAACGGAGCAGUAGUGAGAAAUGGGGCUACUGUUCGAAAUAAAUUUACUGAAGGGCUCGAUUUUGCAUCCAUUGUUGACUGGACAUGCGAACUUCGCCCAAGUAUGCGAAAACUCCGUCAGGCAAUGGAUGGACUAUUGAAGACAGCUCGUCUAACUCACAGUGUUUUCAGAGUUCAAGAAGAUAGUAGGGCUGCUCAGAAAGCCUGUAAUGUUCGCUAUCGAAGGGAUGUGUGUUUCUCACAAGCGUUAACAUCACUGGUGACUGGAUUGAUGGCUAAACUUUGGUGUCAGAAACCUGAUCCAACAUUUCUUAUGGUUUUGACUACUUUGGGACCCCUUGUCUCCUUCGAAGGAUUGUUGAGUUAUUAUGGCGAUGAAAUUGAUAUGUGGGGUGAUAUGGCAGUAGCUGUUGAAGAUCUUGUGACUGUGACUUUCAUACUUUCUCGCUGUGCGGCAAAUGCUUCCAGCAGCAACAGUAGUGAUGCAAAUACAAUUAAUAAUAACAGAUGUGGCAGUGGGGUCCAGUCUCAGCAACAACCAAUGCCUCGAGUGGUUGGCUCACGAACAGCAUUGACUGUGUACCUUCCUGUCCCUGAUAAUGUCCAUUCGUUACUACCUCUUACAUCUCCCUCCACACCAGCAGUGUCCUUUAAUGUUACUCCAGUGUUCUUUAAUGUGGGCAUUAAUGAAAUGGCUACCCUUGCGGAAAGUCUGGGCCCUUCAUGUGCUCCAUUACAGCCAUCAUUAGCUGAUUUAAUGGAAAACUUAAGGGUAGUAGUUCAUACCAAGCAGAGCAAGAAUGUUGAUGUACUUCAUGUGUCUUCUCGGAUAUGCCGCAGAAUGAAAGGUUUGCGGUUCACAAGUUGUAAAAGUGCAAAAGACAGGACUGGUAUGUCUGUAACACUAGAACAAUGUCAGAUACUUAUGUCUGAGUAUGAUUUGGCUGAGCAUGAAUUUCAACGUGCGCUUGACUGCAUGAGAAGGGAAAUAUACUCCAUUUUGCAGUUGAGCAAAAUGUUAACUUCGUGCUUGGCUGCGUCAUUUACUAGUUUACUUCAAUUAUUGUAAAAAUACUUUUUAUGAUGCUAUACAAAUUUUAACCUGAAGCUAAAAUGCAGUGUACAGUGGAGUCCCUUCUUAACAUUUUGAUAAGCAAUUUAUUGCAUAAAUAAUUUGACAUCAGAGUGAAUUGAAAGGUUUCUAAUGUUAAAUUACAAAACAUGAAUGUUGUAUUCUUAAUAUGAAUGAAUAUUAAUAACCUUAGUUUUGACUGCAUGACUGAGUAUGUAUUUAUUGUAGUGUUUAGUAAGGAUUACUUAGUUAAAAAUUUCUUGGUUGUGCAAACUUCCUUUAGUGCAUUAACAUGCAAGUAAAGACCAGUAGAAAAUCAUGUAAUCUAUCAAACUUAUUUACUAUUAUUGCCAUGAAGUAAUUUGUCCAAUUGGAGUUUAUAACAUUAAUUCGACUUUGCCAGAUCGUCAUUCCUCAGUGAGCAUCAUAUAUUUCAUUGUACUUAAAAAUAAUUCCCAAUCAUAAUGUUCCCCUGGACAGACAAUCGUUAUUGACACCAACUCAAAAAUUUUCAAAUUCCGUAUGUGCCACUCUUCAGAUAAUCAUGCAAAAGUCUGAUUAUGUGUGUAUUGGAUGAAAACGAAUAGAAAUGUAUGUUGUAUAGGAAUGUAUAUGCAAAUGCAUCAGUGUCUUGACUUUUGGUUUCUGGAGAGUCUGUUCUGAGAAACCUGUGUGAUUGUGUGUACAGGAUGUAAAAAAAUUCAUAUGACAAACUUCUAAGGAUUUGUGGAAUCCGUAAAAGUCUUUAAGGGUUACUUGUGACAGGAAAUGUACUGUUACGACGCACCCUUAGAGUUUCCAUAAAUUAAAAAGAUUGUGGUAUGCCUGUAUAAUAUAAUAACCCCAUAUUUUUUCAGUGAGGUAUUUAAAAAAUGUUUUGCCUUGUUUAGGCAGUAUUUCUUAAUGCUCCGAAUACUGUCAUUUGAGAUCCAAGAAGUAUGUAGACACAUCAUUAUGUAAUUUUGUUGACUGACUAUGAAUAUUACUGAAAUUGAAGGAUUCUGCAAUGGGAUUUUACUAGGCUAUCCUCUGAGUGGAAGGAAUAACUUAAAGCAUCAAUAUAAAAUAUUGAGACUAAAACUUUCAGAAGUUUGUUAUAUGUAUGCAUUUGUGCUCUAUAAUAUAACCUUUCAAUUGUCAAAUGACAACACUACCUGUAUUACAUGUAUUAAAGUGGCUGUAAGAAUAGCAAAGUUAAAAUUUUCUUGCUCCCUGCCUAUGUAUCGACCAUACAGCUACAAUUUUGCACUUUUAUUUUGCAUUUUGUACUGAUCUAAGGGUAGGCAGGGAAAUUUUUUAACUGUAUUGUUUUAACGGUUACUAUAGUGUGUAUGUCUGUGUGCUUAUAUAUGUGUACUUCUUUUAAAUAAUAUAUUUUCUCGCAAUGUGAACUUUGCAUAUGGGGUAAUCCAAACUAUGCUGUUUCUUCUAGUCAAAAUUUUACCUUGAGCAACUCUGGUCAUUUAAUUAUUUACUAUUCAAUGGGUCUGUUUCUUAAAUUGUGUGCUUAUGCUCUGUAUGAACAUAAUGUUAAAAACGCUCAUCUGAAAAUGUGAAUUAUCUUUAUAAGCUUGUUAAUAUUUUACAUGCUUGAAAAGGCAAUUUCAAAUCUGUCUUCAAAGAAGUUCAGUUUGAACAAAAAAUCUUAUGGACUAUGUGCUUUACUCUGAGGAUGAAUUAAAUGUUCUUUGGGGAACAAUAUUGAUAAUAAUGGUACAAAUAUCUCACUGAAUAGAAUACACAUAAUGGUGAACGAAUUCUAAUGUGAAAAUCAGCUGUGUAUGUGAUGUUUAUUAAUUGUUCUUUGUAAUGGGGCAAUGCUUUUAGUUGGUAACCAUGUUCUUCCUUUGGUACACUUAUAUUUGAUAUCAUUCAUUCGCAAUAGAAAAUCAAAAUUACUGUUGGAAGAGUAGCAUUGUAUUCUUUGCAGUGUUAAAGUGUGUUUUAAUGAAAAUCACAUAAUGUUAUUAAGUACAGUAGGUAAUUAAGCAUUUUGUUGUUGUUGUUGUUUUUUUACGGUGUCUUUACAAGUAUGAGCUACAGUGUUCAUUUCAUAGUCCUGAUGAAUAGAUCUGUUUGCAUUACAGAUAUUAGGGAAUUUUGUGAACACUGACAUAUUACAUUAUAAGGUGAAGUAACAUUUCUCUUUAUCUAUAUGCUCGAGACCAGAAAGUAAAUUACAAAUAUAGUCUGAAAUUUAGUCUCAGAAAUGGAGGAAAACUUUCAUUUGGUGGGACACAGUUUUCUUUUAUUGAAUUUUGAACUGGAAUCAUGUACUUGGCGAAGAGUAACAAAGAAUGUUAAUUUGAGAUUCCACUGUAAUUCAGGGAAGUAAAUACCAAUUUUUAAGCAGUUUAUCAAGAAUUGUUGAUGUUAAUAUAUAUUCACAAAUCAUUGUCAGUGUUGCUUUUUUGCAUGUACAAAACUAUAUUUUAAAGCAAAAUGCCUGGGUUUCAGAGAAGCUUUUGAUAUUUGAUAUAUCGACGAUAGAUUCCAAACAAAAUACAUUUUCUCUUAUUUAAUUUUAUUUAGUAGGUCUUACUCGCUAUAUUAAUUGUGCAGAAUAUAAAAAAGAAUCCUAUUUGAUAUUGAAGUUCAAUCAAAUGGGUAUUAUUUUAUUAUUAGGUAUUGUGGAGUAUUAUCUUACUUGAUGGUGAGCAUAGGUGUCGUUACUUAACAAAAUUUACUGCACAACAUUUUAUCUAAUCUAUUUGCAUAUUUAAGGAAUCUUCCUAAAUUUAAACCUCUUACUAAAUUUGAACUUCAUGUUUAUCAGUCAUGGUCAAAUAUUGAAUAUUUACCCAGGAAUUAGUUUCCUUAAAGUGCAAAUUUAUUUUAUUUUUCACAGUCAAUGCAAUUGAUUGUAUUAAUAUUUUUGUGAUGCUUUUGAGACCCAGGUUUUUUGUAUUGUUGAUAUUUUUAUAUAAUUGUUAUUAUUUUAUUACACAUUAUCAUUUAUUGCACAUUGAUUACAAAUCUUGUCUUGUUCUUUAAUAUAUUAACUUUUUUGUGCCUAUUUAUAGAAUUGGGAACAAUUUACAUGAUUUUUGUAUAUAGGCCUGUACAUAGAAUACUGUUAUAUCACACAGUUAUGUGACAAAUGAUUUGUAUUUUAUAAUUUUCUGUGUAUAUAAAAAAUGUUGAAGAAUGUUGCCCAAAUGAAGUCAAUGAGUUUUGAAACGUCUCUGCAUGUUGUGUUGAUAUGUAUCAAUAGUGUAAUUGAAAGCACAAGUAUGGAAAUGGCCUAAGCCUGACUUGAAUGGAAAAAAAAAAAAAAAAAAUGUGUUUGUUGAUUGAGAUAAAAUACCUUGGUGCUAAAAAAUGUGUACCCUACCACUGGAAGUUAACACAUUCU